AUGUCGGAACCCUCUCUCGCGGACAACCGGUCCAAAUUGAAAGAUUUCAUUGCUUCCAUAGCCACCAUUCGAGGCGAUUUGUCAAAUAUCACAGCGCCACCUUUUGUUCUUGACACGAAAUCGACCGUUGAGCUUCCUGCAUUCUGGGCCGAGAGACCGUCCGUCUUCGUGGCGGCUGCCGGCUCAGAUGACCCCGCAAAACGUGCAUUAUUGGUCCUCAGGUGGUUCAUUUCGGCACUGCGGAACCAGCAAUACGCAGGUCGCACUGAGCAGGAGGGUGUGAAGAAACCCCUGAACGCCUUCCUCGGGGAAGUCUUUGUUGCUCGUUGGGAGGAUAAAUCUGGGACGACUAGGUUGGUGAGCGAGCAGGUCAGUCACCAUCCGCCGGUUACAGCUUGCCGUGUUUGGAAUGAUAACCAUGGAGUCUCGGCAGAAGGAUAUACUCGUCAAGAAAUCACUUUCUCUGGAAGUGUAAACAUCAAACAGAUAGGCCAUGCCACGCUGCAUCUGUCUAAACAUGACGAAACGUACUUGAUACCCCUCCCGAGUGUGAAGAUCAAAGGAAUACUCACUGGAGGCCCGUAUCCAGAACUCCAAGGCACCUAUAGAAUCCCUUCCACUAGUGGAUACACCUCAAGCAUCGAGUUCGAAGGUAAAGGUCUAUUCGGAAGCUCAUCGCAGAAACAUAAGUUCGAUGCAAAAGUGUAUCGUGAUGGCGAGGACGAGAACCCUUUAUACACCAUCUCAGGCCAUUGGGACAGUACGUUCACCAUCCACGAUGUGGCGAAAGCCCAAGACCUUGAGACUUUUGACAUAACGACAGCGGAAACCACUCGAAUCAUAACUGACCCACUUUCGGAGCCGGAUCCGUGGGAGUCCCGAUUGGCUUGGCGUGAAGUGAGGGAAGCCUUGGAAAGAGGUGACGUGCAGGCCGCCGUAGAUGCGAAGUCCAAGCUUGAGAACGGUCAAAGGGAGAUGCGGAGGCGCGAUGGUGAUGGGAAAGACUGGGAUCGCUUAUUUUAUGUUGCGAAUGACGUUGAUGAGGUAGCGGAGCAGCUGGCCAGAGGCAUUGGCCAGUCUGUCGACCCAAAAGAGACGGUUGCAGCGUGGAAGUUCCGUAUCGAUGCUUGGAACGAGGGGAAGUUUCGAAGACCAUAUCGAGGUGACACCGUUCCUGAUAAUCGUCAUGGUGACGCUCAAGGACAAGCCGACAUAGAGAACGAAACUAGCCAGUCCACCGGCGAAGCUGUGGAGGCUGCUCAAGCAUCGGUCGUCUCUGGAGGUGGAGAAAAGCUCAAUGGCACCGGAGCUGUUUCCAGCCAGCCUCCAGGAGCCCCUCCUCAAGAAUCAGGCCUUGCAGUUGGAAAGACUGGCAAUCAGGCAGGAGGGAUGAGCAUUCAGGAGAAGUCACAGGUUGAAGACUUCUUGAGACACCUGCACUCAAGCUCAGCGCGACCCUAG